AUGUCUUUACCGCUACGACACCCAUUGGAUACAUCAGCGUCGCUAGACAAGGUUUUAGAGGACCUUAUCGUCAGGUUUAUUAUCAACUGCCCAGCGGAAGAUUUCUCGUCUGUAGAGCGAGAAUUGUUCCACGUUGAAGAAGCUACGUGGUUUUACACAGAUUUCGUGAAAAUUCUGAACCCCAAUCUGCCAAAUUUGAAGAUCAAAUCGUUUGCUCAGCAUGUCAUUAAACUAUGCCCGAUGGUGUGGAAAUGGGACGUGAGAGCAGAACAGGCUCUGCAAAAGUUUUCACAGUACAAGAGGAGCAUUCCUGUUCGUGGUGCUGCUAUCUUUAACAAAAAAUUGACCAAACUGCUGUUGGUUAAGGGAACGGAGUCGGAGUCGUGGUCUUUUCCCAGAGGCAAGAUUUCCAAGGACGAAAAUGACGUUAACUGUUGCGUACGUGAGGUGCUAGAAGAAACUGGGUUUGAUAUUACGGAUUACAUUGAUGCCGAGCAGUUCAUUGAGCGAAACAUUGGCGGCAAGAACUACAAGAUUUUCAUUGUCAGCGGUGUACCCGAAGACUUUAAGUUUGAACCCAGGGUCCGCAAUGAAAUUGACAAAAUACAGUGGCAUGACUUCAAGAAGCUCUCUCGCAAUACCAACCCAAAAAAUUCUUCUGUUAAGAUCUAUCUUGUCAAUAAUCUCAUGAGACCUUUGGCCAUGUGGGUUAAAAGUAAUCGUCAAAUGGAUGACGACGAGAAACUCAAAGCUCAUGUAGAAACGCAGCUGAAACUGUUGCUCGGUAUAAAAAAAGAAGACACCCCUGAUCCAGGCAGAGAACUGCUCAAUAUGUUGCAGAGCACCGUUUCAGCCGGAGGUGGACCCAGCCAAACGCCCAACCUUACUGUUGAUAGUAGGGAGAGGGAGAAUGCGACACCUGGUGUAUCUAAUUCCCCGCCCGCGGCCAUUCCAGCUCCCACGUAUAUUGCACCCCCUCCACAGAUUCAACAAAGCUUUCCGUUCAUGGCUUUCCAACCCUUUGCCCCCUUUCCCUUCAUGAACGGCACUGGAAUUCAGAUUGGUGCCUCUCCAAUUCCGGAAUCCUCCAGUUCUAGCCCAGAAAAUGUCCAACCGCCGCCUACCCCAAAGAUCAGCACACUGGCCAAACCUACAGUGGUAGAAGAAGACGAAAUACGUGAGUUCAAUGCCAGAUCAGAGGGCAGUUAUGAACCACAACCAGCAUCCUCGAGGCAGCUGCUUGAUUUACUCAACAAGAAGCCGAAAGCUUCAACCAAUGGUGCUGCACAGCAAAACCUUGAUGCAUUGAAACAUGACACAAUCUUACCAAGCGUGGCGUCAAAUUCUGAGACAGACUCCAAGGCCUUGCUUGACCUUUUGAAGAAACCCCAAAAGCCUAUCACAUCUGAUGCUCAAACAUUACUAGGCAUGAUAAAGAAACCAUCAAAUGCCGACGUUCGAAUGGCUGCUUCAUCACAUUUGGCUGCAAAGCCCGAAGGAAGCUCUUUAGGCACCGAUGAAUCGGAAUACGAAGACUUCGAAAGUAGUUCUGAGAGCGAAUCGGAAGACAGUGUUGAGGAUCCAUUGGAAUCUUUUUCCGAGAGAUAUGAAAUGAGCAACAGAGAUCAAAGGCAACGGAAAAAUACUGACUUGCUUGAUGAAAAUAACACUUACCAAAGUAACUCUACCCGCUCUUAUGAGAUUUCCACACCUAGGAUGUCCACCGGGGCACCACCUGCGGGGUCGCCAUAUGUGGGCAAUAUAUCCGAUGCCAAGGGCACACACCAUUAUUCACAAAGCAGUAAUAACGAAAGAGCUACUCCCGAGUUUCCAGGAGCGGACUCCAGCUUGAAGAAGCAACAAAAGCCUAAGUUCAAGAUUUUGAAGCGGGGUGAAAUACUUGGCUCCCCUAAUUCCACCAGCAGUGCCAAUGACCAGUCGUCACCAAGGGCCCCACAGGAGCAAAGUAUGGAACUAUUAAAUUUGCUAAGAAAAAGUUCUAUAUCUUCUCCAGUUGGGGGCAACCUACCAAAUGAAUCCUUCGCCAAUACCAGUCCUCAUCCUUCUAAUGAAGACGGGAAGGUCGAAAAACAAGCGCCUACCGGUGAAGCGGAGUCGCAAAGCUUACUGGACCUGCUGAAAAGGGGCAAGCUUCCCAGUCGUUAG